AUGGUUAGAGAAGAGGCUAUAUUCCGCUCUGCGGAUAUGACAUAUGUGCAGCUGUACAUUCCACUGGAGAUUUCCAGAGAGAUUGCGUGUCUCUUAGGUAAUCUGGGCACCUUGAUGUUUCGAGACCUUAAUAAGGACUUAACUGCAUUCCAAAGAGGAUAUGUGGGUCAAAUUAGAAAACUGGAUGAAGUAGAAAGAUUGGUCCUUUACAUGCAAGAAGUUAGUGACAAACAUGCAGAAGCUACCUGGAAAUAUAUUUUACAUACAGAUGAACAGGGCAAUGAUAUUCAACGUCCCAGUGUGACUCAAUUGGUUUCCGAAAUGCAAACCCAUUCUCACGAUAUUAUCAAUGCUGCAAUGGGUGAAAUUCAUGAAUUCGAAGGACGUGUGAAAAGGUUAGAUGAUUCUCUUACAAAUUUAAAAGAAAAAUUAAACGGUCUCUUGGAGCAGAGAUACGUUAUAUUUGAAGUUACUCGUUUCUUACAGAGCCAUCCGGGUUUGUUUGGACGUAUGGGACGUGAAGAGAGGGAAUUGAGAGAUGUAGAUGAAUUUAGAUUGAAUCUCGACGAGUUGAGUGAAACUUUAAGUGACACUUUUUCUUUUGAAGACGGUACUGAACCAACUGAUGAACAGCAACAACAACAGGAAGCCUUGAACGACCAGAUGGAAUUCGAAGCUGAUCAAAAUUUGCUAGAAAUUGGAUUCCACGAUAGAUUCAUGAUCGCAGGCUCCAUUAGGAGAGACAAAGUAGAAGUAUUGAAUAGAAUUCUUUGGCGAUUAUUACGUGGUAAUCUUAUUUUCCAAAAUUUUGCCAUUGAUGAACCUCUAUUAGAAAAUGGUGAAAAAGUGGAAAAAGACUGUUUUUUCGUUUUCACACAUGGUGAGUAUCUAUUACAGAAAGUUCAACGUGUGGUAGACUCAUUAAAUGGUAGAGUCGUAUCGUUGGCUCAUUGUACUCAUAGAGAAAUCCAAAAAUUGAACGAUAGAAUCUCAGAAAUUCAACAGAUUGCUUACGCUACGGAAUCCACUCUACAUGCUGAACUGUUAGUGGUAUCCGAUCAAUUACCAGUUUGGAAUGCAAUGGUCAAAAGAGAAAAAUACAUUUAUGCAACUUUAAACCUUUUCAAACAAGAAACUCAUGGGUUGGUUGCAGAAGGCUGGUUACCAACUUUAGAACUUACAACUAUUUCAGAUGCAAUGAAGGACUAUAGUGAAACUGUAGGUUCCGAAUAUAGUACCGUGGUAAGUGUUAUACAUACUAAUAGAGCACCACCAACGUAUCACAGAACAAAUAAAUUUACACAAGCAUUCCAAUCCAUUUGUGAUGCUUAUGGUACUGCAACUUAUAAAGAAGUGAAUCCUGGGUUGGCCACUAUUGUAACUUUCCCUUUUAUGUUUGCCAUUAUGUUCGGUGACUUGGGACACGGUUUCAUACUGAUGUUAAUUGGAGUUUUCUUGUUAAUGAUGGAAAAGAAGUUUGAAACUAUGCAACGUGGAGAAAUCUUUGAUAUUGUUUUCACAGGAAGGUACGUUAUUACUCUAAUGGGUGCCUUUUCAGUAUACACUGGUUUGUUAUACAACGAUAUUUUCUCCAAAUCAAUGACCAUUUUCAAAUCAGGUUGGAAGUGGCCUUCAAACUUCAAAAAAGGUGAGAGCAUUGUGGCUGAGCAAACGGGUACGUACCCAUUCGGGUUGGACCAUGCCUGGCAUGGUACAGACAACGGAUUAAUUUAUACCAACUCCUACAAAAUGAAAUUAUCUGUCAUCAUGGGGUUCCUGCACAUGACUUAUUCUUUCAUGUUCUCUUUGGUCAAUUAUAGAUACAAAAAGUCGAGGGUGGAUAUCAUUGGUAAUUUUCUUCCAGGUUUGAUAUUCAUGCAAUCUAUCUUCGGAUACUUGACAUGGGCCAUCCUUUACAAAUGGUCAAAGGAUUGGAUCAAAGACAACAAACCAGCACCAAGUUUAUUGAACAUGCUGAUAAACAUGUUUCUAUCACCUGGUCACAUAGAUGAUCAACUUUAUUCCGGUCAAAAUGUUCUACAGAUUCUCCUCUUGCUUGCAGCUCUCGCUUGUAUUCCUUGGUUGUUAUUAUACAAACCACUUACUUUGAAGAAGCAACAUAGUGGAGUUAGUUUGAAUGGGUACGAAUCAGUAAACAGAAGUGAAGGAGUUGAUGAAUUGACUGCAGAUCUACAGGCUACCGAGGGUGAUGGGAUGAUUGUCACGGACUACCAUGGACACGAAGAGAAUGAAGAAUUCAAUUUUGGUGAAGUUAUGAUCCACCAAGUAAUUCACACGAUUGAAUUCUGUCUCAACUGCAUUUCCCACACGGCAUCCUACUUACGUCUAUGGGCGCUAUCACUGGCACAUGCUCAGUUGUCAAGUGUGCUUUGGGACAUGACCAUCAAAAAUGCAUUCUCACCUAAAAACUCCGGCUCGCCGCUUGCUGUGACUAGAGUGGUUCUCCUUUUCGCCAUGUGGUUCGUUCUUACUGUAUGCAUACUGGUGCUCAUGGAAGGUACAUCGGCUAUGCUGCACUCUCUACGUUUACACUGGGUGGAAGCAAUGUCCAAAUUUUUUGAAGGUGAUGGAUACCCAUAUGAACCCUUUACGUUUAAAAAUCUCGUUGAAUAG